UUGAAAUAAGCAGAACCUUCUACUAGUAUGGUAUUUUUUAUGAAACUGUAACUAAAGGAUGUUAAUAAGGAUGUUUAUAUAACCUGUACACUGGGUGCAUUCACUUAUUUUUGUUAAUUCAGUGUACUUUGUAUUCUGUGCACUAUUUAUUAUAUUCUGUGUUGUAUUUGCUACGACUGCCAGGGGAGGGUUACGAUAAAGUCAGAGGCAAAGAAGAUGGGUGCUCAUCUAACAGGUGCUCCACUCCCUUUGUUCUUUGUAUACACAUAUUCAAAUCACAUAAGGCAGGGGACAGGAUAGGGCCUGUUAACUCAUUGCUGAUUUCCCUAGCAAAUAAACGAGCAGCUGCAGGUCCAGCCCCUGGCUUAGCACUGCUGAGAAGGUGGCAUUUGUGUGGGACAGGAUGCUUUCAUGGAGCCCUUUAGCCAAUUUCUUUUGGGACUUACAAUGCAAAAUAUAUUUUCUGCUUGUAGGUAUUUGUUCUGCCUUAAAGUUGACAGUUCCAUCUCAUACCGUCCAUGGUAUUGAAGGGCAACCACUCCAUCUUACUGUUGACUACAAUUUCAAUGCUACAGCUUCUGAAAUACAGAUAAUUUGGCUUUUUGAGGGACCCCAAAGUAAUCCAAAAUACUUGCUUAGCUCUGUCAAUCAAACAGUAGUUCCAGACUUGGAAUUCCAGCACAAGUUUACUCUCAUACCACCAAAUGCAUCCUUGCUGAUCCAUCCAUUGCGUAUCAGUGAUGAGGGCAAUUAUAUUGUAAAAGUCAAUGUCCGUGGAAAUGGGACAAUAGCUGCCAGUCAAAAGAUUCAAGUAGCUGUUGAUGUUCCUGUCACAAAGCCAAUUGUACAUACUGAACCAUCUUCAGGAGUAGUGGAGUAUGUAGGGAAUAUUACCUUAAAAUGUACCAUGGGUGAAGGUACAAGGGUAGUUUACCAGUGGAUGAAAAAUGGGAAGCCUCUCCAUGCCGGCCCUAAUUACACCUUUUCAUCGAACAAUGCUACACUUCUAAUUGUUCCUGUUGUAAAAGAAGACAUUGGGAAUUACAGCUGUCUGGUAUCUAACCCUGUCAGUGCAAUGGAAAGUGAGAUAAUUGCACCCACCAUAUAUUACGGACCUUAUGGACUUAGGGUUAAAUCAGAUAAAGGUCUGAAUAUAGGGGCGGUGUUUACAGUGGACAUGGGAGAAGUUAUACUGUUCGACUGCUCAGCAGAUUCAAACCCACCAAAUACUUACUCAUGGAUUCAAAGGGCUGACAAUACCACUCACGUAAUCAAAUACGGGCCCCACCUGGAAGUUGUAUCUGAUAAAGUGGCCCAGAAGACAAUAGAUUACAUGUGCCGUGCUUUCAACAAUGUGACUGGAAAACGAGAUGAAACUCACUUCACAGUUGUUGUUACUUCUGUAGGAUUGGAGAAGCUGGCCCAGAAGGGAAAAUCUCUGUCAUCUCUUGCAGUAAUAACAGGAAUUUCAUUAUUUUUGAUCCUAGCUAUGGCCUUUUUAUUCAUAUGGAGAAGAUAUCAGCCACAUAAAGUGAUACAACAGAAGCUACAGAGAAGGCCAGAGGCUGAUUACAGAAAGGCGCAUACAUUUUCAGGGCAUGAAAGUGCUUUGGAUGAUUUUGGAAUAUAUGAAUUUGUGGCUAUUCCUGAUCUUGCCAGUGGUCCUAGGGUUUCAAGUCAAACUGUUCAUGGCUCUGACUUUGUUCCGGGCCAGGAUAUGCUUAGUACAGUUUAUGAAGUUAUUCAGCAUAUUCCCGACCAGCUGCAACAAGAUCAUCAACAAUGUGCAUGAAGAUACAGGAGCAGGAAAUCAAAGCAUCUGAAAAUAUGACUGUGACUUCUUUAUUAUAUAUUGAAAUGAAAUGCCAACAACUCCAAGAAUAGCAAAGGCUUAUGCCAGCUAUUCUUGAAACAGCAAUUUCUCUUCAGACUGAUAAUCCCUUUCCUUUGGGUGCUCCAAAUUGCCCAUUUUUAAUUUUUUCUUUGCUUGUUUCCUGUUAAUGAAUGGUUUAUUGAAAAAUAUGGUGUUUUUUAUUCCUUACAUGUGUUUCCUUUUUGUGAAUACAAAAGAUAAAGGGACAGCUUAAAAAUUGCAGUAUAAAACCUAUUUGGUUCAUUACAAUAAUGGGUGGGAGGCACAGUGAGGAAUCAGGCCCAAGACACUUCCCAUGCUUAUUUUAUUUAAAAAAUGGCAAAAUUUGUGUAUGGGGUUGAGUUUUACAAGAGAAGGUCUCCAUA